AUGAAAAAGAUGAAGAUAGCGGAGAUCUCACACACGCUAGGUAGCUUCAAUAUCUGGUCCAAAGGUUCACUAGUUUUCACUGUCAAUCGUAAACUUGACCGGCUCUUUAACGUGGCCAUGUCAUUCGUGAACAGCGAGUACACGGUCUUCUCCAUACCUAAUAGUAGGCCUGAUUCAGAUCAAAGGGCAGAAGAAGAAAAGGCGCGAACUAAACAGAAGGAAGAAGAAAAGGUUGAGAAGACACCAGAGGAAAAACUGGCUGAGAAAAUUAGAUUACAAAAGAUUCAAGAAGAAGCUGAUUUAAAAUUAACUAAAGGUAUAUUUGGUGUAGGAGAUGCAUCUGGAAUAGACAGCAUGUAUCCUGAAACAAAAGAACAGUUUGAACAAGCUUUGAAAACAAAAAUCACAUUUUUUGAGAGUAGCAAAUUGUAUUCAGCAUUUAUAGAAAAACUUAUCCAUGAUUUAACCUUAUCCUUGACUGUUGAUGACAUCAAACGAAUUGGUAUUUCAUUCAAUACACUGUAUCAUGAAAAGGAACGACAAAGGAGAGAACAGGCAAAGACUCAAAAGAAAAAGAAACCAAAGGCCACAAUUAGAGUAGACAACGCUGAUGACUUAGGUUUGGCAGAUGUGGCGGAAGGAGCAUAUUAUGAUGAUGAUGAGGAUGAUUUCAUAUAGCACUCCUGUACAUAGUCUCUUUUUCUUUUUUUUUUAACUCAUCAUACUAUGCUGACUUUCCACUGUGCCUAAUUUUUAAUGACCUUUAGACAUGUUAAACAGUGUAACUAAAAGAAGUCCAACAUAUUUAAUUUUCUUUAUUCUUGUAUUGUCAAAAAAAAGUGUUACUAUCCAUCCUUCAUUUUCAAAUUUUUUGUUAUGCUCUUGGUUUUGGUCAUUUAAAAAAAAAAAGUUGUCAAAGUUAUUGUAUGAAUGUUUUGUUUAUAGCAUUUAUCUUCAUUUAUUUAUGAUUUUUAAUAAUUGAUCAUUAUG